UAUAAAGAAGAAGACGAUGCUAAAGUAAAAUCUCGUCUUAGAAAGCAUCACUAUAAAGACCAUCUUCGUUUUGAAGAAGAUGACCACGAAUUGAGAUCUCGUCAUAGAAGAAAAGGGUUUAGAGAAGAUCAUGAACACGCAGAAAGAUUUCAUCAUAAAUAUCUUAACCAUAAUUUAAAUGAUAAAGAUAAAUAUUUUGAACAUCUAAGAAAAGCUCGUCAUAGAAAACACUGGAUUCUAAAACGUGAAGCUUCGGUUAGCGGCCAAAAUGACCACGAAGAAAAUUAUUAA